AUGGGUAAUGAUGGUUUGUCUCCGGCCGAAGAAAUGAUAGGUCGGAAAGUAAGGAUGUUUUUAGAUAUGUUAAUACCCAGGAAAACGGCGGUAAUUGUAGAGGAUAUUGAUAGAUGGAAAUUGGAAUAUACUGUGGGACAAUUAGUAUGGAUUAGAUUAUAUGGAAGUUCAAGAAAAUGGGAGAAAGGUGUAGUAAUAGAAAAUUUGGGAAACAAAUUAAAUAGGGUAAAAUUUAAUGAUAAUAGUGAAGGUGUCAGGCACAGGGAUCAAUUACGGAAGAGAGUGCAUAGAAAUGACAGAGCAUGGCAUGAUGAUAGUACUUCAGGAACAUGUUCUUCCUUGCAAAAUGGCAAAGUUAUCAAAUAUACGUUAACUAAACCCAAUAACGAUUAUCAAAAUAGCGAGAUAUUAAAUGAUAUGAUGAAAAUUAACGUUAGAAACAAUAACAAUAUUAAUAAUAACAACAAUAGUAAUAAUCAGUAUUAUGAUAGUAACUAUCAAAAUUACAAUUAUCGGUAUAACAAUAGCAACAGAAACUUUCAUAAUAAUAAUCAUCAAUCUUAUAACAACAACUAUGGUAGGAACAACGCCUGGUUUAAUUAUAAUCAUAGGAGGCAGAUUCAAUCUGACUAUCAAGAUCAUAAUAAUUACUUAUCUUUUAACAACAAUUCAAAUAAUAAUGAAGGAAACAACAGCAAUAAUUGUAAUAUGAACAUUGAAGAAGUUGGGGAAAAUAAAGUUGGCACUGCCAAAGACAAUAAUGAGAAUGAUUUCAAUGUCAACAACCUGGCUGAAAAUAGAGACAAAGGUGAUGACAGUGCUUUUAUGACUACUUUGAAAUUAAAUAAUGUUACUACUACUAUGCAGGUUGACACUGGAUCAAAGUAUACCUAA